AUGUGGAAUUUUUUCCAGUCUUGGAGUCGUCGACGAACCGACGACAGUCCGUUCUGGAAGAGCAAAAGGUCCGGUGCAAACCAGUCGCAGAGACGCAAUAUUACUACCAGAAAACCGUGCAGGAGUUUUGUAGAAGAUAGAGACGUGAAUCCAGAUUUGCAUCUUCUUGCUAAGAUCAAUGGUUAUAUUAAUAUAAUACGGAGAAUUCUACAAACGAAUUGUGUCAAGAAAUCAGAUCAAAGGUCACAAAGGUACAGAAGAGAUGAAAGUACGCGAAUACGGAUGUGGCCUGUUGCCAUCAGUGCCUGGAGAUAUACCUUCUAA